CGGCUUCCUCUCCGCGACAGUGAGGAAAGCAACGUGGGCUGGUGGUGGGUCUGGCCGCGUUACUGAUCAUGCCGAAGGUAAAGAAGCAGCCGCGCUCGAGGCAGCAGCGCCCAGAAGGAAAAGCACCAGGUAUCAGGUUCAACACUGGACUUGGUCAACAUAUUUUGAAAAAUCCCCUCAUUGUUAACAGCAUUAUAGAAAAGGCUUCCUUGUACCCUACUGAUGUUGUUCUAGAAGUUGGUCCUGGAACUGGAAACAUGACAGUAAAAAUGUUAGAAAAAGUGAAAAAGGUAAUCGCUUGUGAAUUGGACGUAAAGCUUGCUGGUGAACUUCAGAAGAGAGUCCAGGGCACGCCUCUGGCUAACAAACUUGAAAUAAAGAUCGGAGAUGUGUUGAAAAGUGACCUGCCCUUCUUUGAUGCUUGUGUGGCCAACUUGCCUUAUCAAAUUUCCUCUCCCUUUGUUUUUAAGCUACUGCUGCACCGGCCUUUCUUCAGGUGCGCAGUCCUCAUGUUUCAAAGAGAAUUUGCUCUUCGCUUGGUCGCAAAGCCAGGCUCUCCCCUAUAUUGCAGACUCUCUGUUAAUACUCAGCUACUAGCCCGCGUCGAUCAUCUGAUGAAGGUAGGGAAAAAUAAUUUUAAACCGCCACCCAAAGUUGAAUCCAGUGUUGUGAGAAUAGAGCCAAAGAACCCUCCACCGCCAAUCAAUUUUCAGGAGUGGGAUGGUCUACUAAGGAUAGUCUUCGUCAGGAAAAACAAGACACUCGCUGCAGUUUUUAAUUCAAAUGCUGUGAAAAAGCUGCUGGAAAAGAAUUAUCGGAUUCACUGUUCACAAAAUAACUUGGAAAUUCCAGAAGAUUUCAGUAUUGGAAGUUUCAUACAGGGAAUCCUAAAAGACACUGGUUAUGCAGAAAAACGUGCACGAGUCAUGGAUAUUGAUGACUUCAUCAGUGUUCUGCAUGGCUUCAAUGCAAAAGGCAUCCACUUCUCCUAAAGGGAAGAAUAAGAUGGAAGAGACACUGAGCAGCAAUGCUUUUGCAAGGAUGAACUGAACUAUCUAAAGGUGGUAUCAGAAUUUCACCCAAGAUGAGUGUGCCAUGCUGCGCAUGCACAUCCAGCUGUUUAAUUACCCCAUCGGUGCAAAAUGGGUUCUCAAGGACAAAGCCAAUUGCCACCAUGCCUUUGUUCUGCUCUGCUCCUUUUGUUUUUUUAAGAGAACGUAUGUGAUGCAGUGUGUAAUUUUCCUUAUUGCAUUGUCUAAGCCACAGUGACCACCUGCUCCCAAGAAAAACCACCCCAACCAAGAAUAACUCUUAUGUUUGAUAUUACAACCCAGAUACUGUUACUUUAUUAAAGAAUUCAUGAUCCAAGAUGGAAA